AAAUCAUCCUGGAUUGUGUAAAUUUUUGUGUUAGAUGCGCGGAAUUAGCUGAUGAUAAGGCUUUGGGUACCAUUCUGCUAGUACAGGACUUGGCGCCUUUUGAAAUUAUGCAUGUCUGGCCCUGUGGCCACAGUUGACGGCGUUGAAGGGGCACAUUCUUUAUCAGACAGGACAUUAUCUCUUAAUGGCUCGUCGCUUGGUGAAAGUAAUCGCUCAUUAAAAUUGGCAAAUGGGGAAGUUUCUCAUACAACUUCUGAGAACCCUUCCUUUACGGUUGGAGAGCUCUUACUGCCAAAUGGAGAAUCAUACUCUGGCUCCUUGCUCAGUAGUGUACCUGAGGGCUCAGGUAAAUAUAUAUGGUCAGAGGGUUGCAAAUAUGAGGGUGAAUGGAGAUGUGGGAUGAGGCAUGGAUAUGGAAAGCUUCAAUGGCCUUCUGGUGCUGUUUACGAAGGUGAUUUUUCAGGUGGUUAUAUGCAUGGCACAGGAACAUAUACUGGACGUGGUAAGAUCACCUAUAAGGGGCGUUGGCGGCUGAGCCUUAAACACGGUUUAGGGUAUCAAGCAUAUCCCAAUGGAGAUGUAUUUGAAGGAGCUUGGAUUCAGGGAAGUCCAGAAGGACCUGGCAAGUACACAUGGGCUAAUGGAAAUGUGUACUUGGGGAAUCUUAAAGGAGGAAAUAUGUCAGGGAAAGGAACUCUAACCUGGACCAAUGAGGACUCUUACGAGGGAAACUGGUUGAAUGGUAUGAUGCAUGGGUUUGGGAUAUACACAUGGAGUGAUGGAGGCUGCUAUAUUGGGACCUGGACUCGAGGUCUGAAGGAUGGAAAAGGAGCAUUUUAUCCAAAAGGCGGUAGACUUCCUGCUGGUCAGGAAAUGUACCUUAAUGCUUUAAGAAAACGAGGGUUGCUUCCAGAUUUAAGUAAACAAAAUCAGGUUUCACAUAUUCACCAUACUUAUUCUGUUGAUCUGGGGGCAGUCAAAGUUGGUGGGAACCAAGGAUCUUGUCGGAAUUCAUCUUAUAAAUCUGCCAACGGAAACCUGCUGAAUCUAGAGCAGUCUCGCUCCACAAAUGUUUCUUUGGAAAGACGUUGGAGCCUUGAGGUGGCAAUUGAGAAAGUUAUUGGUCAUGAUUUUUCUCUGGAUGGCAGAGAAUAUGAGGAUGAUAGAAAUUCUCCGAUCUUGGAACGAGAAUACAUGCAAGGUGUCUUAAUCAGUGAACUUGUAAUUAAUGACAGCUUUUCACCAUCAUCCAAAAGAGUGCGAAGGCGACAAAAGAAACUUGCAAGGGAGAUGAAGAGACUGGGUGAAACAAUAAUUAAAGGGCACGGGAGCUAUGAUCUAAUGCUUAGUCUGCAGCUUGGCAUCAGAUAUACAGUGGGAAAGAUUACGCCCAUUCAAAGACGAGAAGUGCGAGCUUCUGAUUUUGGCACCCGUGCCAGCUUCUGGAUGAAUUUUCCAAAGGAGGGGUCACAGUUGACACCACCGCACCAGUCAGAGGAUUUCAAGUGGAAAGAUUAUUGUCCAAUGGUAUUCAGGAAUCUGAGGGAGAUGUUUAAGAUUGAUGCUGCAGACUAUAUGAUGUCCAUUUGUGGAAAUGAUGCCCUUCGGGAGCUUUCUUCUCCUGGGAAAAGUGGUAGUGUGUUUUUCCUCUCUCAAGAUGAUCGUUUUAUGAUUAAGACAUUACGGAAGUCAGAAGUGAAGGUGCUUCUGAGGAUGCUCCCAUCCUAUCAUCACCAUGUGCAAAAAUAUGAGAACACGCUGAUCACCAAGUUUUUUGGCCUUCACAGGAUAAAGCCUUCUAGUGGUCAAAAGUUUCGCUUUGUUGUAAUGGGGAAUAUGUUUUGCACAGAGCUCAGGAUCCAUAGAAGGUUUGAUCUAAAAGGUUCUUCAUUGGGACGUUCAGCAGACAAGGUUGAAAUUGAUGAGAACACAAUACUUAAAGAUCUGGACUUGAACUAUUGCUUUUUUUUAGAACCUUCAUGGCGUGAAUCCCUUCUGAAGUAAGUGAUAUGCAAAAGAUUCAUUUCCUU